AUGCGUCUUGUGAUUACAAAUGUGAUUGGAAUACAGGGUAUUGUACUUCGUGUGGAUCAAAUUAUGUUUUUGCCAGUCCAACUUCGAGAGUGUGCCAAAAAUGCAGUGAGGUUUUAUCCAAACGACAGUGGAAAGUGUGUUUCAUGUGGGACAAAUUGCACAACAUGUGAUUCAGCAACUGGUAUUUGCACAUUGUGUGCAUCAGAUAAUGUGUUUGAAGACCCCCCAUCAAAAGUGUGUGUGUUUUGUAAAACGUUUGAUAACAAAUGUGAAACGUGUCAAAAUGGUGGAAACAGAAGUUGCGUGACAUGUAAAGCGGGGUAUUAUCCAGGUACAACAGGACAGUGUAUUUCAUGUGAUGCAACUUGUCAAAUAAACACGUGUAAUACAAACAACGGGUUAUGUUCAAAAUGUGUUCAAAACUACGUUGUGACAUCUCCAACUUCUAAAAUGUGCCAAAAAUGUUCAGAUUUUGAUUCAAAAUGCAAAACGUGUGCAACUGAUUUCACAAGAAAAUGUAUUGAGUGCAACACCAAUUAUUAUCCAGUCAAUGGUAAAUGUGUUGUGUGUGAUUCGUCGUGUGGAGGGAGUUGUAGUGGUGUGACUGGAGUUUGCACUGGUUGUGCAUCAAAUUAUGUUCCAACCUUACUCGAUCCUUCCAAAUGCGAGCUGUGCUCAACUUUUGAUGAAAAUUGCAGCACUUGUAUUGUAACAAAACGACAGUGUUUAACAUGUAAAACGACUAAAUAUCCGGAUGAGACAACCGGAAUGUGUAAAAACUGCAGUUGGACGUGUAAUAACAGCUGUGAUCAAUCAUCAGGAUUAUGCACAAGUUGCGUUUUAAAUUAUGUUUUUGAGAAUCCGAAAUCGAAAGUGUGUGUUCCCUGUAAAACAUUUGACGUGAAUUGCAAUGUGUGUUCGUCAGACAAACAACGAAGCUGUACCAUUUGUGAGAGUAAUUAUUACCCAAAACAAGGGCUCUGUGUACCAUGUGACUACGGGUGCACCACUUGUAGUUCCGCAACAGGAAAAUGUUCGGCGUGUCAAACAAAUUUUGUGCCUUCAACUGUCAAUAACACGGCGUGUGUUCCAUGUGCAGAUUUUGAUAAGAAUUGCAAGAAGUGCGCAACAUUGUUUGGGCGAUACUGCAAUGAGUGCAAUGACCAUUUCAAGCCUUCUGUUGAUGGGGUUUGUGUGAGUUGUGAUGCUACUUGCAACAACAACUGUGAUCCAAUGUAUGGGACUUGUACCACAUGUUCAACAAAUCACGUUGUCACAUCGCCAUUAUCACAAAAAUGUGAUAUUUGCAGUGUUUUUGAUCAAUAUUGUGAUGAGUGUGCGUCAGAUUUCUCGAGAAAGUGUUUGACGUGUCGAGGCGGUAAAUACCCCAAAGAUGGUGUUAAUUGCGCCAAUUGUGAUUCAACCUGUGGAAAUCAGUGCGAUGGUAAAAAUGGUCAUUGCACUGGGUGUGUUACCAAUUACAUGUUGUCUGCCACAAACAGUUUACAAUGUGAGAGUUGUGUGUCUUUUGAUCCAAAUUGUCAAACUUGUUCGCCAGACUUUACAAGAAAAUGUGUGACAUGUGUUUCUGGUUAUUUUGUGUUUGAAAACAAGUGUAAGAAGUGUGACGACACGUGCAACAAUCAGUGUGACAGCUCUACUGGAUUUUGCACUGGAUGUCAGAACAACAUGGUCUUUGGUGAUACAAACAGAAGCAUUUGUGUUUCCUGUACUGCAUUUGAUUCAAAUUGCUAUAUUUGCGACUCUUCUUUCAAUAGAGGUUGCAACACGUGUACAAACAAACAAUAUGUUGAUAGUACAAGCAAAAAGUGUGUACCAUGUAGUAGUGAAUGUGAUCAAUGUAAUGGACAAACAGGAGCCUGCACCAAUUGUAUGCCCAAUUAUGUAACAAGUUUAACAUCAGGUGGUUGUGAAAGCUGUAAUAAGUUUGAUUCUAAUUGUAAAUUCUGUGCUCAAAACCAAACACGAAAUUGCAUUCAAUGCAACGACACGUAUUAUCCCGUGUUGACAAGCGGAGAAAUGAAAUGUGGUUUGUGCGACUCGACGUGUGGAGAGAAGUGUGAUCCAACAUACGGUCAUUGCACAGGGUGCCAAAGCAACUAUGUUUUGUAUCAAACAAACAAUUUGCAGUGCCAAAAAUGCUCUAAUUUUGAUAGCAACUGUGUCACAUGCAACUCCAAUUAUGAAAGAAAGUGUACCACAUGCAACACGGGGUAUUAUCCAAAUGCAGAGGGUAAAUGCAUACCAUGUGAAGCAUCGUGUGCACCAAACACGUGUAACACGUCAAAUGGAAACUGUGACAAAUGCACUGAAAAUAAAGUCAUCACAAGUCCAAUUUCAAAUGUUUGCGUUGAUUGCGCUGCUUUUGAUUUAAGGUGUGUGACGUGUUCACCAUCGUUUGCUAGAAAGUGUGUAAAUUGUGUUGCUGGUAGUUAUCCACAAACCGCUGGCGAUUUCAGAUGUAAAUAUUGUGAUGUAACAUGUGGAGGAAAGUGUGACACGACAAAUGGACAUUGUACUGGGUGUAACGAAUCGUAUGUUCCAACAACAUCAGAUCCAUUUAAGUGUGAAAGUUGCCAAACAUUCGACUUUAAUUGUGUGACUUGUGUUUCUGAUAAAAGAGAGUGUGCUGUUUGCAAACCAGGGAAAUACCCAAAUGAUUCAAAUAAAGUGUGCCAAGACUGUGACUCAACAUGUAAUGGCGAUUGUAACACAUCAAGUGGUAUUUGUAACACGUGUUUAUAUAAUUACGUUUUCAAUGAACCAAAAGGAAGAAGUUGUGUGCCAUGUGCUACAUUUGACAGUCAUUGUGUAACUUGUGUUUAUGAUUAUUCAAGAAAGUGUGUGAAGUGUUUAAAUGGGUAUUACCCCGACUCAAAUGGAAAGUGUGUUGCGUGUUCGACUAUAGACAACAAUUGCAACAGUUGUAAUAAUACGGAAAAGAGUUGUUUCAGUUGCAAAGACCCGUAUUACCUCUUAAAUCAAAAAUGUCUAUCAUGUGAAGCUGGAACUUACAAAAAGACGGAGACUACAUGCAACAAGUGUUACAAUGCUAUUUUGAAUUGUAAAAACUGUGGAACGGCGUCAGUCGGCAAUGCAAGGUGUAACGAGUGUUAUCCCCCAUACACUUUAAGUUCAAAUGGUAAAAGUUGUGACCAAUGUGAUUCAACGUCAUAUUAUGACAGAACAACAAAUCGUUGUGUAAAUAAAAACACAACUUGUGCUGUUCAAAUUGAAAGCACCAAAUGUGUUCAUUGCACUGAUGAUCAUUUUGUGUCAAAUGGGAUGUGUAAAAAUGCUCAAAACUGCAACAGCCCAUCGAGUCUGUCACCGGCGUCGUGUGAUUGUUCAGACCAAAUUUCGAUCAAUUCCGAUUGUGCUUCAAUUGCUUCAAAUUGCAAAUAUCAGAAAACAAUAGCAUCAACUUCAACAUGUUUAAUGUGCACAGACAAUUAUACUUUAUCACAAAACACAUGUAACAAAAUAGAAUCAAAUGAAUUGUAUAAAAAUGGCGUUCAGUACAGUUGUUUGGAUGGCCAAUAUCUUAGUAAUAACAAUGUAUGCGAAGUGUGUCCAAAUUUUGUUUCAUUUUGUAUUAAUAAUGGAAAUAAAAUCUACACAUUGAAAUGCACACAAAACAACAAAGAUGUUGGUACAGAGCAAUGUAUAACAGAUGAGAUGUGUUUGCAAUAUACACAUGAUUACUGCUCUCAAUGCAAGUUGGUGUCAUCACAAAUCAUCAAUGGAAUAUGCACAGCCUGCCAAACACCAAACUGCCAAUUUUGCGAAGGAAACAAGUGCAAGCGAUGUUCCAACGACUAUUUGAUGGUCAAAGAGAAUCAAUGCGUUUUCCAAAAUGAACAAAACUGUGACAAGUCGAGUGUGUCUGGCUGUGUGAUGUGUUCAAAUGGGUUCUAUCAAGUUGACACUUUGAACGUUGAAGGCAAAUUCGAUUUCUGUCUUCCAAUACCCUCAACGGUAUAUCCAAAUUGUAAACGACUUGCUUUUUCAACUAGUAAAUGUGUAGAAUGCAACGAUUUGUUCAAAUUGAAAGGUGGUGUGUGUAAAGAAUCAUUUGAAGAUGAAGUUCCUGUUGUUCCACCAGAAACGGAACCCGAACUUCCUGUCUCUGUUAUAUCCAAUUCACAUAUUAAAUAUUUAGCAUUUUUGAAAGGAGUUACUGAGUCCAAAUGUCAAAUAAGAGACAACAAAGGAUGUCAACGGUGUAAUGAUGGAUAUUACGAUGAAAAUAAUGAGUGUGUGAAAUGCACCUAUGAUUGCAGUUCGUGUUACUCACAGACAUAUUGUACUUCAUGUCAAAGUGGGUAUUAUCUCGACUCAACAAAUAAAUGUCAGACCCUUGGUGAUUUGAGUGCAAGAUGCAGUGUCGCGCUUCCAACAGGUGGUGGAUGUGCUAUCUGUAGAGAUGGAUAUUUUAAAGUGCUCAAAGACUGUAUAGUUUGUGACGUUUCAUGUAGUUUGUGUAUUAGCAAUACUUCGUGUUCUGUGUGUGCAGAUGGCUAUUUCAUCAUCGAGUCUGAGAGUCGCUUGUGUCAACUUAACACAACAAAUACAAACUGUUUGAAAGUUGGGUAUUAUGGGUGUGAAGUCUGUGCCGAUGGAUAUUACUUAUCACAUUCGCGUUGUACAAAAUGUGAUGAAACGUGCACUUUGUGUACUUUACAAGGUGCGUGUACAAAUUGUGUAUCAAAAGAUUACGUUUUAUAUGAUUCUAAAUGUGUAUAUUACUCUGAAAUACCAAAUUGUAUCGAAGCUACGGAUUCCAAAUGUGUAAAAUGCAAGGGGUAUAACAAACCAUCUGAAAGUGGUGACAGUUGCAUUCAAACAGUAAACUUGGGAGCGGCAAUUGGUAUUUCAAUUGAUUACUCUUAUUGUAAUAUUCAAGCUCGGAAUCAGAAGAAAGAAGAGCUCAAAGUGUGCACAUAUAAAAUGAGUCGCUCGAACAUCAAGAUGUUUACAUUAGUGGACAAUAUAGUAGUUAAUAAAUCCAAAUUGAAGUUUGACUUGGAUACCGACGAAUUUAUUCCUGUUGAUAAAGAGACAAGAGAUUUGAUCUGCCUUGGAAACACUUCAAAACAUAAUAUGAAAGUCCAGUUUAGUGUGAUUGAAGGGUGUGAUUCUUACCAAAUUCGCACAUUGCCUUCCAUUGUUACACUGAAAAGAGGCGAAGCUUGUGAAUUUGAGAUAUUUAUACAACCCCUUUGUACGUGUAAAAUCGAAGAAAGUGUGAUGAUCACUUCACUUGAUAUAACAACAGGAAAUGUCGUAAACGCCAAAAUAGGAAUUGACACAACUACACAACAGACGACCAAACUCAAUUAUAAAGAACUUGAUGUGAUCACAAAACUUGGCGAAGGAUCAUUUGGCAUUGUGUAUAUGGGAAAUUACAGAGGUAAUUUUGUAGCAAUAAAAAAGAUGAAACAAAUUGCAUCACCAAACACAUUAACAAAUGAAAUUACUGAUGAAAAGAAGUCACUUCAAGAAUUUGAGAAGGAAGUGAACAUGUUGGACAAAUUCCGGAGUGAGUUUAUUGUCCACUUCUAUGGUGCCGUGUUUAUACCAAACAAGGUGUGUAUGGUCACCGAAUAUGCUCAAUUUGGGUCUUUGAAUGAUGUUUUGAAACAAAAAAAGUCAACUGAAGUUGAAACAAAAAUGCGUGUUAAAAUUAUUUUAGAUGGAGCAAGAGGAAUUCAAUAUCUCCACGAGAAUAGCAUUUUACACAGAGACAUCAAACCAGACAACAUUCUCGUAUUUUUAUUGGAUUAUAACGAACGUGUCAAUGCAAAGCUGACUGAUUUUGGAUCAUCCAGAAAUUUCAACAUGCUGACAACAAACAUGACAUUCACAAAAGGUAUUGGAACACCAAGUUACAUGGCACCUGAAAUAUUAAAAAAGAACCACUACAAAAAACCGGCAGAUAUAUACUCGUUUGCUAUAACAAUGUACGAGUGCUUUGGGUGGUGCAAUGCUUAUUCGGAAAAGCAGUUCAAGUUUCCAUGGAAAAUUGCAGAGUUUGUGACAAAUGGAAAACGACUUGAAAAAACGAAUUCAAUGUCCAACGAACAGUUUGAUGUGAUUCAAAAAUGUUGGUGUACAAUUCCAACUGAGAGAAUUGAAAUUGGCGAAGUUGUCACCUUGGUUAAUGGCUUGAUGAAUAAUUGA